AUGAAAACCAUUUUCAAAUUUCAUGGGCUUUGUGAAUUGGUUGAGAAGGGAAUAGAGUGCUCAGAUUCGAAGGGAGCUGGCGAAUCUGAUGCAAAGAAGAAAGAAAAGGAAGAAUCAAGUGGUGCUGGGAAGAUGACUGUCACUGAGCUACUCAUGAAGGACGCUAAAGCUCUAGGUCUGAUUCAAGGAGCAGUGUCUGAUGAGAUUUUCCCCCGAAUUUCUCGUGAAGAAACCUCUAAGGGAGCUUGGGACAUCUUGAUGAAGGAAUUUCAUGGUGAUAAACAGGUUAGAAGUGUUAAAUUGCAAGGUCUACGUAGAGAAUUUGAAUAUACAAGAAUGAGAGAUGAUGAGUCCUUUUCUGAUUAUCUUACCAAACUGUUUGAUCUGAUAAACCAAAUGAGGAGCUAUGGAGAGGAUUUAGCUAGAGCAAGGAUUGGUCAAAAAUUACUAAUCAGUUUGUCAUCAGCUUAUGAUUCAAUCUGUUCUGUUAUUGAGCAUUCUAAGGAUUUGGAUGAAAUUGAGGUACAAGAAGUGGUAGCUUCUUUGAAGAGUUUUGAAUUAAGGCUAGAUAGGCACUCUGGAGAUAAGACUAAGAAAGCAUUUGCUAGUCUUAGUGUGAAUCCCAAAUCAGAAAAAUAUAGUUGUCGAUUUAAGGGGAAACCAAAAUGUUACAAUUGUGAUAAAUUUGGGCAUAUUGCAAAAGAUUGCUACAACAAGAAACCAGCACAACAGCUCAACUAUGCUACUCAGACCGAAUCCACACCAACCAUGUUUUAUGCUAGUAAUAAAGGCUUUACUAGUGUAAAAGGAUGUGAUGAUACAUGGUAUUUGGAUAGCGUAUGCAGCAGAGAAGACGUAUUAGUUGAUGUUGAUAAGAAUAUAACUGCGAAAGUUGCAAUGGGGACAAGACAACUGGUUGAUGUUGUUGGAAAAGGAAAUCUUGUUGUUGACACUAAGCUGGGAAGAAGGUAUGUCAAAGAGGUCCUGUUAGUUGCUGGUCUCAAGGAGAAUUUGCUCAGUGUUGCAUUAAGAGCAAAUGUAGAGUCAUCCUUAAUUUGGCAUCGAAGAAUGGGGCACUUAAACUUCACCAGUUUGAAGCUGCUGCAAGAUCAGGGAAUGGGACUUGGACUGCUAGAAAUUAAGCCUGUCAAUGAAGUGUGUGAGGGUUGUACCUUUGGAAAGCAUCGCAGAGAUUCCUUUCCAAAAGAAACAACAAGCAGAGCCACAAUCCCACUCGAGUUGCUAAUUGUGGCAUAUUCACCACAACAAAACGGAGUAGCAGAACGAAAGAACAGAACAAUUAUGGAGAUGGCUAAAUGCAUGAUGAUUGAGAAGAAGAUGCCUCUAGAAUUUUGGGCUGAGGUAGUAAACACUGCUGUGGAUGUUCAGAACAGAUGUCCAACUAAGGCCUUAGACAAGAAAACUCCAUUUGAAGCUUAUAGUGGUAGAAAGCCAGGAGUUAAGCACUUAAGAGUGUUUGGUUCUUUGUGCUAUGCACAUGUUCCAAAUCAACAAAGGCAGAAGCUCGACUUAGCUACUGUUUGGGAUUGGAGUGCACGAAAGGAAUGUGAUAUCUCAAUACCUCUUAAUGAGACACUCACUGAGAGAGAAGAGGAACUGAAUGAUUCUAGCCUAAGUCAAGAAGAGACUUCAGAAGGGGGGCAUGCUGAUUCUGACUCAGGAUCACAGGAUGUUGAUCACACACCUCUGAAAUACAAGAGUAUUGCAGAAGUGUAUGCGAGAUGUAACUUGUGUAUUAUCGAGCCUGAGACUUUUAAAGAGGCUAUUAAGGAUGAAGCAUGGCUGAAUUUGGAUGGUACAGUUCAGAAAAACAAGGCUCGACUAAUGGCAAAGGGCUAUUCUCAAAAGCCAGGGAUAGACUUCAAUGAAACGUUUGCACCUGUGGCUAGGUUGGAUAACAUUAGAACAUUUGUGGCAUUGGCUACACAAAAGGGGUGGAAACUGUUUCAGUUAGAUGUGAAGUCUGCAUUUUUGAAUGGAGUGUUGCAUGAAGAAGUGUAUGUGGAUCAACCCCUUGGUUUUAUGGUUAAGAACAAAGAGGACAGAGUGUAUAGACUCAAGAAGGCAUUUUAUGGACUUAAACAAGCUCCAAGAGCUUGGUAUGAAGAAAUCAAUUCUUACUUCACCAAGGCAGGUUUCCAAAGAAGUCCUAGUGAGGCAACACUAUAUGUAAAGGCUGCAGAAAGUGAUGAUAUUAUCUACACUGGAAGCUCAAAAGCCUUGAUGAUGGAGUUCAAAACUGAAAUGAUGAGGCAAAUAUGA